AUGCUGUUAUUGAUAUUUUUCCUAGUCUUAACAACAAUUCCAAAUUCAUACCAACUUCAAUGUUAUCAUGGUUCAAAGGGAAUAAUGAAUGGGGAAGUUGUGACAAGUCCACUUUGGAUAGAAACAUGUUUACCAAUGGAAAUCUACUGUGAAGCUACACGAAAUCCGAGAGAUGGAACUUUUUUAGCUGGUUGUGCUUCACAUAAUCGUGAACAAGAUGUUGAAAAAUGUCCAGCACAAUCAAAUAUUUGGUGGACUGGUUCGAUUUAUGUUGAGUGUUGUAGUACUUCGUUGUGUAAUACAAGGCUUAUAAAUCUGAUUGAAGGUCCACUAGGACUUUUUUAA